UCUCUUCAUUGCAUUAUCCAUCUCCUUCUCCCCCAAUUCCUUCCUAUGAUCAUGACAUCAAUUUGAUGAUAUCAUGUCAUGAUAUCAUCAAAUCAAGUAAGAAUUUUCGGUCCCCCAUCUUCUUCUUAUAAGCAUAGAUUCUGAUCACCUUAAGAGUUCCAAGUCUUCUUCCUCUUCUUCUUCAAAGCCUUUUCCUUAACACCAAUCACGCUUUCCCUUCUCUUCUACAAGACUCAAAACCACUUCUUUCAAUCACAAUCUCCAUGGAUCCGUCCCCUCAGCUUGGGUGCUCCACUGUAAAUCUUGACCUCAGUGUUGGACCAACCAACUUCCUUAUCGAAGCUCCGAUCUGUUCGAGAACUUUGGCGACCAAUCCGAUACAAAUUCGAAGGAAUUCACCAAGUAGAGAAGAGCAGGCUGAAGAUAUGAAGUUGAAGGUACAGAAGUUGAGUGAAGAGAAUAGGAAGCUGAAUGAGAAGCUGAGUGCCAUGAGUGUGAACUACAGCAACCUUCAGAACCAGCUGCUUGAUCUCAUGAACUCAUCUCCCUCAGAGAAGGGACUAACGAGUUCGCCGUCGCCGACGAGAAAAAGGAAGAGUAUAAGCCAAGAAUCCGAUGAGAACAGCGGCUUCAUCCCCCAUGUAGAGAGUAUGUCGAGCGAGGAUUCUUAUCAGAGGUUGAGGGUUGAUUCUAAGUCCAGCAUAUCAAAGAUUUGUGUGAAAACAGAUCCAUCUGAUAGAACAACCUUGGUGGUAAAAGAUGGUUAUCAGUGGAGGAAAUAUGGGCAGAAAGUUACAAGAGAUAACCCCUCACCAAGAGCUUAUUUCAGAUGCUCCUUUGCCCCUUCAUGCCCGGUUAAGAAGAAGGUGCAGAGAAGUGUUGAUGAUUUGUCUAUCUUAGUGGCCACAUAUGAAGGUGAGCACAAUCACAGGCCUCCUCUACAAGGCGAGACACCUUCCCGUGCGAGCCAUGGUGUUAGCUCAACACCUAAUUCCGCCGGCCAGACCGUCACUGUCGACCUUACCGAUGAUCGGUGGCACGUUAAUUCAGAUAAGGUUAGCACAGAGACAACUUCUGUAGAGUUUCAGAAGGUUAUGAUCGAGCAAAUGGCAGCUGCACUGUCGAAAGAUCCGAAUUUUCAAACAUCAUUAGCAAAUGCAAUAUCCGAGAGGAUCUUGGAACUCCCAUCAUCUCAUAAUUGAUCAUAUCUCUCUACCUUCAUUAGCUUUCAUGGCUAAGUUCCUGUGUUAGGAAUCAGUUGGGUGCUUUUGCAGAUAAGAAUUUUCUCAUUGUUGAUAGCCCAAAGUAGCUAGCAGACUCUUCUCUUUGUUUGUAAUUUUGAAGAUUUCUUUUUUGAAACAUGUAAGAAGAAAUCUCUUUCUUUUUUUGAAUUAUAGUUCCACACUUCAAUUUGAACUUGAAUUUUCCUUGUUGGAAAUCUGGAUUGGAGAUUGUUCAGUCUUAUACAAAGAAAAUAUUGG